AUGUCAGAGCAGCUUCUCAAGGAAUCACGAAUGAAAUCUUAUGAGUCUCCUAUGAGAAAUAGGCUUUCUGGGCUGUCAAGCUAUAGCCCUUUAGGGGAUUCUCUUUAUCAGGAGCAGUGCGAAAUUAUGAAGCAGCAUAUAAGUAGGCUGAAUAAAUCCCCAGACACCAAAGCGAGGAUAUUAAAAAACUUUGAAGACCUGCUUAAGGCGAUUCAUUUCUUUGAUAAACCUGAUAUAAUACCUCGACCUCUUGAUAUUGAAAGAAUAAAAACUCUGAUACUUAAUCAAAGCAAUAGUAAAGAUAACCGAAUUGAAGAUAACGUUGAAAAAUAUAUUGAAGCGUUUCACAAAGAAAGAAUGCUAAGGCUGAAAGCUGAAGAAGAAUUAAAACUGAUGGGAGCGAAUUUAAGAAAUUUAACAAUAGAAAUUGAUGAGCUCAGAAAUAGAAGAAGCACAUUAGAGCAUGUGGAUAUAUUGAGGAGAGAAUUGGAAAGCCAAAAAUUAAAAUACUCAGAGUUGGAAGUGGAAAAUGAAAAAUUGAAGUCAAUGGUAAAAAUCUUGGAAGGAAAAAAAUCAGCUGACUUGGAGCCGAUGAAGGUGAAAAAUCUUGAGUUUUAUAAUAGUGAACUAUUAAAAAAGCAAGAUGCGUUAAAGCAAGAAAAUGAAAAUUUAAGGAGGGAAAUCCAAGAAAUUAAACGAAGCCAAGAGAAAUUAAACAGAAAUUUCCAAGAGCAAACUCAGUCGACUGAGAAUUGCUCAUAUUGUAAUAAUGGGAAUUAUAUUAAAAGCUUGAAUGAGGAAUUAAGAUCAACUAAAGCAAGAUAUCAUGAGCUUCAAGAGCUGUAUGAAAAAAAUGUAAGAAAUUUUCAAACAGGUACAUGUUUGGAGAUUGAGACGAUGGCAAAGUCUCAUGAUAGUUCCUGAAAAUAUAUAAGAUUUUUGGAAGAGAAAAUAGAAGAGCUUGAAAAUAAAUGUCAUAUAGCCUAUCCCUGCUUUAGAUCGGGUCUGGAAACGUCAGAUGGGGAGUUGAUGAACCAACUUUUGCUGGUAAAGUCAAUUCCCCAGAUGGCAAAUCCUCUUGCUAUUGGAGAAUUGUAAUCUGGGGAGUUGAUUCGCCAGAAAACUUUCGCUUGUCAACUCCCCAUCUGAUCAGUCAAUCCCAAUCCAAAGUAGGGGUCAGGCUAUAAAGAAGAUAAAGGGGAGUUUUCAGAUAAAUUAGCACCAAAUCAUGAUAUUUGGCAUAAACCUGGCCACAAAGUCAGCUCAAGCGCUAAUCAAUUUCAUUCCAAAAAUAAAUCAUUGGAUACCAAAGAUGAUCCAAAAGAAAAGCAAAGCCUAAACAACUCUAAGACUAUGAAGGAAAAAAAGAGCAAAGGAAAGAAAAGAAAACCAGAAAAAGAAAUCUCCAGACCUCAAUCAUCAUUUAAAUCUACAAGCUAUAAAUCAAAGACUCAGGCAAAAUCUUAUAGUAUAACCCCUGAUUUAGCUGAAAUGGCUAACCAUUACUCAUCAUCUUCGAAGUCUUGGCAACAAUCAUCCAAAGAAGAAAAUAGCCAAGCAAAAAUUUUUUCCAACCCUUUUAAAAAACAUGAAAAUGAGCAGAGUCCUCGAAAUCAUUUAGCCCAAAGAGAAACUCCCCAAGACGUUUUGGAAACCCACCUUUUAGACGGCAGCUUUGAUAGCCAAUGGAUCAGCAAAGAUUUGGUCUAUUCCCCGUCAACCAACAAGUCUCCAGAAUUUAUAGGGAAAAGCCGCAGCAGAGAUUUGCAUAAAGAUAUGCCAAAUAAAGAGUAUAAAAAUGAAGAGGUUAAAUCUUCUCAAGAAAAACUGAAAAAACGGAGAUCUAAAAGCCGAGAAAGCUUAGAAAGACUCAAUAAGCUUGCUGAAGAAAAAGCAGACGGCUGUGAGGUCUGCGUUAAAAUUCACCAUCAUAAGUGGGCAAAAUCACCCAGAAGAAAAGAAAAGCAAGAGGGCAGAUAA